AUGACACUCUAUUCCUGUGGUGAGUCCUCAAUUGGCUGUGAGGCCUUUAAAACCAGGGAGCAUAGUGCUAUAGAUGAUUGCGGUUUUCACAGUACCAAGUAUCCAAGACUACUUGGCAGAGUUUUGGGUCGUCAUAGAUUAGCUCGACUUGUAUGUAUCCUGAGCUCUCGACAGUGUCCUGGCCGAAUUGAAGGUGCAUCUUCAAGGAUAAAAGGGUCCAAUUCAGAUCGCAGUCAGCAAAUUUAUUGUAAAGAUGCACAUCUCUCAGUUUGUUGA